AUGGUCCCACCUCCCCCUAUGGAAAGUCGCUUCUACCCAAAGACCACUCCUCCCUCCGUUCUGCUGGUCAUUUUAGAUAUACACCCUUUAUCAUGGUCGCUCUUGUCUUCCCCACCUCCACUACCUCCCUUCACCGAACACCCUGGGAUCGACAAAGCUCAGGCAACACCUAUGAGCUUGCCAGACUUUGUCACUAUUCUCAUGGUGUUUCUGAAUGCCCAUCUGGCCAGUAGGUGGGGCAACGAAGUUGUAAUAUAUGGUGCUUCAGCAGGAAGAGCCAAACUUCUCUACCCUCCACCUCCAAAUGCUGUGGCUGGACCAUCAAAGCCUCGUCCCAACUCCUAUCAUCCCUUUCAGUUACUUGAUAGCAGGAUAGAACAAGGUUUGAAAGAAAUGGCGGCGGAAGAGCAGGAAAGAUUGGAGAAUGGAAAUGUCAAGUCUCUGAACGAACCACCUUCAAUGGUAUCGGCUCUCACAAAGGCGUUAUGCUUUGUAAAUCGUAUUCAACCUUCUUCAUCUACCGCUGCAGCUUUGAUUGAUCCGACUUCUCAAGAUGCUUCUGGAUCAAAUUCGAAUGGACCUGAUAGACCUGAAACACGUAUUCUGAUUAUAAACGCUACUCCAGGAUCUAAUAUAUCCAAUUCCGAUCAAUCAAAUGGUGUCAGUGGAGAAAAUGGUGAUGACGGUGACAAUAAUUCGAAAGGACAAGGUUCAAAAGGAGGUCAAAUGAGAGGUGGUUAUGUUGGUUUGAUGAAUUGCGUGUUUGCAGCUCAGAAAGCAAAAGUACCUAUAGAUGUAUUAUCCUUGCCGCCACCUUCGAUAGAUGCUUCACCACCUAUCUUCUUACAGCAAGCUGCUCAUCUGACCGAAGGUAUAUAUUGGCAAUGGAAUGGUAGAGGUGCAUUGUUGCAAUAUCUCCAUGCAAUAUACCUCCCUCCACCUUCACUAAGACAUCAUCCUUUCGCGGUACCUCCUCAAGACGCAGUGGGUUUCAGAGCUGUAUGUUUUUGUCAUCACAAGACGUUAGAUGUCGGAUUCGUCUGCAGUGUUUGCCUAAGUAUCUUCUGCGAACCUAGAUCUGUGUGUCUGAUGUGCAAAACUCGAUUCCCAAUCAAAUCCAUACCUACACUCAAGACUCUGGCGACUUAUAUCGAACCUAUUCCAGUACCAGAUACUGUUCCGCCACCUGUAAUUCAAAAAGGCUCGAAGAUGCAUCAGAUCAAUGAAAACGCGAAGAAAGAUAAAUCAAAGGCUGUCAAUGGAGAUAGAAGCGAUCCUAUUGAAAUUGAUUAG